ACCUCCGGGACAGCAGGGGGCGACAAACGGCUUCAAACAGAAGAAGCCUAGCAUCACAACAACACUGCUAGUAACGUUAGCUCAAAGAAGAGCGAAGUGUAUUUUUUUCUGCUUAUUGGGAACUUAUUAACAGGUACGCUGGAAUUUUCUGAUACCCACUCGGACAUGUCAUAUGUCUUCAUCAACGACUCGUCGCAGACCAACGUGCCUCUCCUGCAGGCCUGCAUUGAUGGAGACCUGCCUUUCGCCAAGAGGCUCCUGGAGACGGGAUGCGACCCCAACAUCCGUGACAACCGGGGACGCACCGGCCUGCACCUAGCCGCCGCCCGGGGGAACGUGGACAUAUGCCGCCUCCUGCACAAGUUCGGGGCAGAUCUGCUGGCGACUGACUAUCAAGGAAAUACAGCGCUGCAUCUGUGUGGUCAUGUGGACACCAUCCAGUUCCUGGUCUCCAACGGGCUGAAGAUCGAUAUCUGUAACCACAAUGGCUCGACCCCUCUGGUGCUGGCGAAGAGACGCGGCGUCAACAAGGACGCCAUUCGUCUGCUGGAAGGACUGGAGGAGCAGGAGGUGAAGGGAUUCAACAGAGGACCCAACUCCAAAUUGGAGACGAUGCAAAUGGCCGAUAGUGAGAGUGCGAUGGAGAGCCACUCUUUACUCAACCCAAACCUGCAGAGCAGCGAGGGGGUCCUGUCCAGCUUCAGGACCACCUGGCAGGAGUUUGUGGAGGAUCUGGGCUUCUGGAGGGUCCUGCUGCUGCUGGUGGUCAUCGCCCUGCUCUCCCUUGGCAUCGCGUACUACGUCAGUGGAGUCCUGCCUUUCUCCACCAGCCAGCUGGACCUGGUGCAUUGAGGGGGGGGGGGGAGGUGUAGUGAAAAGCAUGGGAGAGGGAGGUAAUGAAAUACCUUCAGCCGUGUUCACACCGGAUGCUUGUUGGUUCUCUCAGCAGUGAAGCAUCAUAUUGUAUUGUUAGCGUUUCUAAAAAGCAGUGAUCCAAAAAAUGUAAACUCACUGGCUCAACGAAGAAAGGUAUUGUAAGAGGUGGUUAACAGGAAGUGUCUCAUACUAAGAGCAUGUGUUGGUCUUGUUUGAAUAUCGUGUAAUAAAUCCCCUUUAAAACCAGAUCAGUUAAAGCUGCUUCUGAAAUAGUGUGAAAAGAUGAAGCGCUUGUUUUGUUUCCUGUGUAACUUUCCUUCGUACUGUGUGCUCUGUUACAAGCUGUAUAUUGCCAUUGUUUUGUAUUUUUUUCUUAUUUGUGUGAUCUUUUCAACUGUUAUUUAUCAAAUGUCUUCUGUAUUAAUUUCCCUGCAUACUGUAUGUUUAGUUAAAAUCCUGAUUCCUUGCUUUCUUUCCACAUUUAAUCCUUUUUGUUUGCCUUUUCACAACGGCUCAGUGAGACUUCCCCGCCCAAAGCAUUGAAAUCUACCGUGUUGUUGUAAGAAUCAUAUAUAGGCACAAUGCUCAUAACCUGUAGGCUUAUGGCAGCAGAUUAAUAACGUUUCAUCGUAUAUUCAUUUCAUCUUAAUGUCCUUGUAAACCCUGUUGAUUUUCUGUGCACAAUAACACAUUUGAAGUAAAUCUGAAUUUAACGUGGACAAAGAAUAAAAUCCUGUGUAUGUCUGAUUCUAACCAACGAGACGA